GAAGCAGUUUAGUUGAUUGGCGCUCACGGGGAGAUGCUCGGUCGAGUACAUUUCUGAGUUGUUUCCCUUCGGGGGAAGUUUGAUCUACACAAGUCAUGUAGUUACUGUCAUGAAAAGGGGCACUGGAAAGCAGAUUGUUCUGUACUCGAGACAAAAGCUAGACGUGAGGUUAAUAAACGGCCUAAAUCAGCUGCUUUUGUGACUUCCGUUCCGUACAUAAUCAGCCUGUGCCGCCACCUCACUAUCUGUCUCACACCCUGUAACUUGAGCACUCUGUGAUGUCACUUCCUGCCAGUCAAGCGCUCAACCUCGCCCCUGCUCGUAUUGCAGCCGCUCUCAGGUUUCACUGCGCCAUCUAAUGCAUUUUGGGAAAUGAAGGUGUGUAGCAACCUAAGGUCAAGACACUAGAGCCCUGCUCCCAUCUCUUGCAGUCCUGCUGCCGAAAAACACGGCAUCGGGAAUGACCGGCAUCCCGGCCGGCUGAUGUGCUUCAGACAAGCGGCAUAUGUUAUUUAUGAAGCCAAGGCUGCUGAGAGGGAGGGACCUUCAGGAGUUGUUGACUCAGAGCGAGCGAGCCUCCAAAACAGAAGUUGUGAAAUAAGAAGGAGGGACGAACGGCCAAACUCCAGCAUCUAGGAUUACAGAGCGAGAGUACCUGCUCGCUGAGAAUAGUGGAACUGUUUUUUGCCCUCCCUGCCGCGGGCCCCGGGACAGGCAGAGGACGGGGCACACGGGACACAGGGUACAGGGCAAGAUUAUGGGACAGGGAGCAAGUACUCAGACUUUAAACCCAAACCCUGCCUACAUAACAGAUGAUGAAGUGGAUCAUAGUGUGCCGGAGAGCGAUGGAGCACCUCCAGGAGCAGGAAACCCUGCAGCAAAGAGCAAGGGCAAGUUCCCCAGCCUGGGCAAGAUCUUCAAACCCUGGAAGUGGAGGAAGAAGAGAAGCAGUGAGAAGUUCAAGGAGACGUCAGAAGUGCUGGAGAGGAAGAUUUCGAUGAGGAAGCCCAGAGAGGAGCUGAUAGAGCGAGGGUUACUGAAGGACAUCCCAGAAAAUAGUACGGCAACCCAGCAUGGUCAUGAGAGUAAUGACGUGAAUCACAAAGCUCCUCUGGUGAAGAACGGCCACACUGCUCCAGUGCCUGGAGAGCGCAGGUCAGACACCGGCUCAGAGGUCAAGGCGCCAUCUUCACGGCCACAAGGAGAAGAACAGAGGAACAGCCUCGUGCCUGAACCGGAGCGCCGCAACCGAGCGCCCUCCGAUGUCAGCCGCAACCGUCAGCCGCUGGACGUGGACGCUCGGACGCGGUUACCGCCUGAAACGGACCGACGCAGCCGACUGGAGUCAGACGCGGAGAGACCAGCAGGAUCUUUACCGAGAGAAAGACAAGGACAGGAGGAGGGACGAUACCGGCGGGAGGAAAGAGACGAGAAAGCAAGUAGGGACAAAGAACGACGGGAUAGAAGAGAAGACAGAGAAGGAAGAGGCGAACGUAGAGAUGACCGAGACAGGCGAGACAGGAGGCCUGAUAAAGAGAACGGGCCUGGAAAAGGUGAGCGAGAUGAACGCGAGAAAGAGAGGAGGAAUGACAGGGAAAAGCAGGAAGAGAAAGACUGGAGAGAAAACAGGGACAGGAAACAGCCACGAGACAGGAAAGAGGAUCACGAAAGGCGGGAUGAGCCCGAGAGAGUAGACGAGCGAGAGAGAAAGGAGCAGAACGAAAGGAGGGAAGACAGGGAACGGGAUAGACGCGAGGAAAGAGACCGAAAAGAUGAGAGAGAACGGAGAGACGUCAGGAGGCCAGAGCCUGUGAAACAGGUGUCUGAUGGGAAGCUCUUCCGGCCGCUGUCAGAACAGGACACGCGGCCCAUUCUUCAAAAGAGCUCGUCUGACAUUGUACAGAAGGUCCGGCCCGUUUCAGAGGCCAUCCAGAGCAGCACACUGUCACGACAAACACCUGCAGAAGAAGAAUCAAGGGCACGAACAGGAUCAGUAGGUGUGCGGUUUGUUCCUGAGCCCAAACCUGCACCAAUUACCUCCACUAAAGAGUCCCAGCCACCCCCUAAACAGGCCAUUCUCCCUCCCAAGUGGCUGAUGUCUUCCUCCUCCUCCACUGAGACUGCUCCAGUCCCAUCCUCGUCCUCCUCCUCUUCAUCAUCAUCCUCGUCUUCAUCAUCAUCCUCUGCUCCCCCCAUUGCUAAGCCUCCUCCUCGGACUGUGUCCUUAAACGUAGAUGACUCCUCCCAUAAUAAUCCCAGUCCUUCUGUAACAGCGGGAGACUGUGAAGUCCCUCCCACUGUUCCCGCCCACUCCACUCCUCCCACUGUUCCCGCCCACUCUACCCCUCCCACUGUUCCUGCCCACUCCACUCCUCCCACUGUUCCUGCCCACUCCACUCCUCCCACUGUUCCCGCCCGCUCUACCCCUCCCACUGUUCCUGCCCACUCCACUCCUCCCACUGUUCCCGCCCACCCCAACCCUCCAGCCCCUGCUGCCCCUAAACAGCCGCCACUGCCCCCUCCCAAACCCACCCAUCACAACAACAACACUGCGCUGCAAGCUUCAACGUUACAAAGAUCUUACAAAGCUCCGCCUCCUCAGUACUGGACGAGCUGGAGACGGCAGGCAGAGUCUGGAGUCUAUCUCUCCCUGCCCACCUACCUCAGCCAAAGGGGUGCUCAGCUCCGCCCAGUGGAUCCCUCUCAAGUCCCAGUCCCAGUCAAGCGAUCUCCUCCCAUUCCUCCAAAGAGGAUGACUCCUGUGACCAAACACCACUCGGAUGACCCUUCGGCCAAUCAGCCUGAGCCUCCGUCUCCAGGCCCCACCUCCAUCUCAGUCCCAGCCCCUGCUUCUGCCCCGCCCCCUGCCCAAUCAGAUGACAGCAGAAACUCAAACUCCGAAGCAUUCUCUCCUCCUCCAUCCCAUAUCCCGCCAACCCCUCCUCGCGCUCACCCACCUCCUGAGGUGCCCCACGUGGACCCGCCCAGCCCUACCACAGAGCCGCCCUCUCAGCUGCCCUUACCUCUGUACUUGCGUAUCCAGAAAGCCUUGAACAGCCCAGUCCCAGUCCACCCCAACCAAGAAGGAUCCCAGCGAGCUCAUUCGCUUCUGUUUGAAUCACCUCCAGACUUUCUCACCGAGGCCCCAGGAGGGGGGCGGUACUCUCUUCCCGUCACUAUCGAACCUCUGCGACUGCCUGAGGAUGAUGAUUUUGACAUUGAAGAAGAGCUGCAGAAACUGCGGCCCGCCCCUCGGCCCACACAACAGCCGGAGCUGGAGCCGCGCAGUCGUCGCGGUCUGGUAGAAGACCCACAGGUCACUGUCAUUCCUGAGGAUGCGGGACAUGGAAACAGUGAUGAUGAGGACGAGGAGAGCGAUUCGGAUGGACCCAUCCAUUACAGAGAUGACGAUGAAGAAGAUGAUGAUGAUGAUGAGAAUGUUCCCAUGAGUGGUCUUGCCCUACGUGUGAAGCGUAAGGACACUCUAGCACUGAAGCUGGAGCGUCAGCAGGAGAAAGAGCAGUCUCAGGACCAGGAGAACAUCACCUGGAACAACAAAGAGCAGUGGGAAGCUGUCCGCAACAAGAUCGGCACCGCCCUCACAAGGAGGCUGAGUCAGAGACCCACCGCACAAGAGCUUGAGCAGAGAAACAUCCUACAAGCCAAGAAUGAAGCAGACCGACGGGCAGAAAGGAGUGAAAUCAAGCGCAGACUGACCAGAAAGUUGUCCCAGAGGCCCACGGUGGCCGAGCUGCAGGCCAGAAAGAUCCUGCGCUUUCAUGAGUAUGUGGAGUCCACUCACGCUCAAGACUACGACCGGCGCGCCGACAAACCCUGGACCAAACUCACACCUGCUGACAAGGCGGCCAUAAGAAAAGAGCUGAACGAGUAUAAGAGCUCAGAAAUGGAAGUUCAUGUGGAGAGCAGGAUAUACACCAGGUUUCAUCGGCCAUAAUCAGCAUCUCAGAAGAGGAAGCCCCAGGCGGAUGAAAGCUGCAGCUAAAAGCCUGUUUCCCGUGAUCCUGUACUGACGAGAGCCCAGGCCAGCCGCUCGGUGCUCUGGAUGUGUGCAGGAUGCUGGUACUUGUUAAUUCAGACACUUGGGGAGCGGGUUUGGAGGGCCAGCGCUCCGUAGAGUCCCUGAUGAUUCCCACGGCCAGAGUAUUUGAGGGAGAAGAGGACACAGGACUGCGUGGAGUGGGCUGUUUUAAUUGUCUUUAUGGUGCACACGUUUCUGAGAUCAAGAAUAGGCUUGUGUACACAACAAUAAUACUGUUAUGGAAAUUAUGACACUGGUGAUUAAACUGUUUGAUUGGUGAGCGAUUAUGAGAGACCCUGUGUGUGUGUGUGUGUGUGGGUGUGUGUAAUGAGAUAUGCUGUCCACUUAUGCCUUAACACUGGUGCAUGACUGUCUUUAGCCUGACUUUGGAGGAAUACAGAAGAAAGUCUGUUGACUGUUUCUCGUGCUGAACACACACUUACUGAUAUGUGUGGAUCUGAAAGCACAUCUCUGACAUUCUCAGGACAUCGGCACACAGUCUCACUUUCUCUUCAUGUGCAUUUUACUGUAAAUUACCAUAGUUUUACUGUUUCACACUGAUAAAACACCUGCUUUAAUAUUUUUCUUCUCUUUUUAACAAUACAGCACUCCACUUUAGGUAUUUCAAGGUGAAUCCCACAAAAACAUCCCAUAUUUUAACCCUAAAAUCAUAAGAAUGUUUUUUUUUUGUUUUUUUUUUUAGCAUGGAGAAAAUGAAGCCUAUAAAUCAGAAAUAUUUUUAGCAUUGUGAUAUUAUUUGCAUCAGAUUUCCUCCUAAAUUAUUUUUAUUAUAAUGUGUUGGAUUUUGAGUAUUUACUUUUGAGUAUUUUUCUGCUUCUUCUCGUGCAUUUUUCUCAAUGCUAAUUAUUGUUACUGUAAUUGUUUUUUUUUUUAUUACAGUAAAAUACUAUAAUAUUUUUUUUUUCCUAUAAACAUGGAUAAAAAGCAAUAAAAAAAAAUCACAUAUUACCAUAAUAAGAAUGAGAUUUUAUUUAUUUUUAUUUUAUCUUUUCACAAUGCCAAACAUUUGAAUGAUCCUAAAGCUUCACUUUCUUUAAGCAAAGCGUUAUUUUCUUCUCUUUUUUUUUCUUCUUUUUCAUGUUGUUGACAGAUUUCAUGAGAUUCAGCUCUUAAUGAUGAUAUAGUUCACCAUGCAUUGAACAAUUUAAAACAAAAUGGUUGAUGUUACAUCAUGCAGUCAUUGUAAAAAUCUUGCAUUUUGGAGUGGUACAUAAAAUGAGACUCAUUUCCAUGUCACUGCUAGUGUUAUGCUACACUUUUUUGUAGGUCACCAGAGGGCCUGUGCACUGUAUAGAGACAUGCUGUAGAUUGAAUUUUAUUGUAUAUCUCAUCUUCCUGACAUCAAAAAUGUGUUUUAAUUGUAAUUAUAGUGUUGCACUAUCCUGUUUUUAUAAGGUGCAAACAGAAUGACUACAGGUUAAGUGCUACAAUGAUCCGGUACAGAACAGCUGUAUAGAUACUUUUUUAUGUAAAGAUAUAUUAAAAGGACUGUCAAAUAAUACAUGUACAUUCACUUCACUAAUAAUUAAAACUAAACUGUGAGCAUCA